AAAACCAAACACAAUUAUUUUUAAGCAGUGAAAGAAAAUACAGAAGAACAAGAUGUUAUGACAACAUAUUUACAAUCUGUGACAAUCAUGUAUGUGAGCUCUCUCUUGGAUAAAGAGAACAGCAUGUAUCCAGAAUCUGCAAGGUGCAGCAGCAACAACCUGCCAGUGCAAAACUUUGUGUCUACUCCACCCUAUUCAGAUUACAUGGGAUAUCAUCAUGUGCCAACUCUGGACACCCAUGGACAGCCUGCGGGAACCUGGGGAUCUCACUAUGGCCCACAGAGGGAGGACUGGAAUGCUUAUGGCCCAGGACCUUCCAGCACGGUUGCUGCUGCACAGAUCAAUGGCUCAUCUCCUGGGCAGGUCUCCUACAGUUCUGCUGAUUACAGCUCCCUCCAUCCUGCUGGAUCUGGGGGGUUACCUCCUGUAGAUACAAUUAAUACACAGCAAAUCUCUCCCAACAGCCAAAGGCACAGCUCUUACGAAUGGAUGAGGAAAACGGUGCAAGCUAACACUACUGGUAAAACAAGAACAAAAGAAAAGUACCGAGUUGUUUACACAGAUCAUCAGAGACUAGAAUUAGAGAAGGAAUUUCACUGCAACAGAUAUAUUACAAUAAGGAGAAAGUCAGAACUUGCAGCAAACCUGGGACUAUCUGAAAGACAGGUACACAGAGACUAUCCAUCAUUCAUACGCACCCAUUCACAAGUCACUGUUACUGCCAGAGGACAUGAGCAGCAUUCACGUUCUGUGAAAAUCUGGUUCCAGAAUCGCCGAGCAAAAGAACGAAAAAUGAUCAAGAAGAAAAUAUCUCAGUUUGAUGGCAGUGGGGGCUCAGUUCAGAGUGACUCUGGUUCACUCAGUCCGAACGAAAUAUCUAAUUCUCUGUUCCCACCAUCACAUGGAAUAAAUGGAUUACAGUCUAAUGACAUUCAUCAAGUCAUAGUUUCAGAAUGAACAGAGGCAAAAAAAAAAAGGAAAAAAGGA